GCUCUGCGAUCCAUGAUCAAGCAACGAACUAUAGAUAUACCUACGGACUUUCACGACAAACGCGUAUGUCGCGAUUACCUAUGUGGGUUUUGCCCGUAUGAUUUUUUGCGGGAUCUCCCUGUGAAUUACGGAUCGUGUCCUUCGGUGCAUUCUCCGAUAUUAAAAGCAAAUUAUGAGAAGGCAGUGCAGGCCGAUCCUCGACAAACAUUUGAAUCGGAUCACGUUCACAGCACAGAGCGAUUCAUUAGUAGUAUCAGAAAAAGAGCGUCAACAUUGCAUACGCGUUUACACAAGUUACCGAAAGAUAAAAAGCAGGCACGAACAAUGCGUCAGACAGUAGAUAAGAUAUACAGUAAUCUUUUAUUGAAAAUGGAUCAAGUGGAACGGCUAGGCGAUGAAGGCAAAGUAACCGAAGCAAUGGAAGCCUUGAAACAGGUGAAAGAAUUGCGACGCAACAGACAAGCCAAUCAGGAACAAUUGCAUUCAUUGAACAACAGCGAAGGUCACACGAACAACGUAUCCAUCUGCGACAUAUGUGCUGUGUAUCUGCCGGCAGAUAAAGUGGAUACUCACAAUAAAGGCGAGACACACCUAAAGUUCUUUGAAUUGCGGCAGGUGGCAAAGGAAUUGAAGGACUCGCAUUUACGGAAGUCUAUCUAUCGACAAUCAUCUCGUGCAGAUAGAUCCAGUAGCAAAUCAGAAGCCAAACUUCAAACCGCUUAAAACUGCCAGUUUAUCAUAGCGUACAAUCUCAAGGAUUGUACUGUAUAUUAAUUAUUGUCGAGAUGUCUUUCUCUUUCUCUCCCCUCAUGUAGUAUAAUUCUCAGACUCAUCAUUUUCUUAUACACAAUAUCAUCUACAUAAAAUUUCCUAAUUUGGAACUUUCAAC